AUGACUACCCUAGAGAAGAUAUGGGGUAAGCUCUUCGAGGAUGGGAAACCAACGAAGAGGCUGGGCCAAUUUCUGCGGGGGAUCGCGCUUCACUUGAUUGAGGACUACCCACCAGGAAACACCCUUGUCGUUACGCCGGAAAAAAUGCAGAGGUUCUAUCGGGAGACUGCAGUCCCAGGGGAUAACUACCCUUGGCAUGACAUAUUUGAUGAUCGCACUUCAUCCAUUUCACGAUUGUUCCGCGGGGUACAGGCGGAGCAUCAUCUCGUUCAACUAGAUAAUCUGAAGGAGCGACCGGAUGUCCCCGGCCUCACCCCGAAGGGCUUUGAACGAUGGGCCACGAUUAUGAUACAAUGCCACCCAGACCGAGAAUAUGAGCGGUUACAAAAGGCCGUGCUGCACAUGCCGAUCAGCAAUCCGGAUGACCGAAAAGAAAGGUUUCCCAAAGAAAUCCCCCGGCGACUCUUUCCCGACGUGGCGGAUCUCCAACUUCGUCAAGAAACUGGGGACUAUAUCAUUGAGCACUGUGGUGUUAAUCUGCCUCGUAUUACCGAUGAGGAGCGUGCGCAAGCACAGCAUGCCAAAAAGCCAGACACCUCUAGUUCUGCAUCAAAUGGCACCGCGAAUAUCCCUGCGAGCAAUGGCACAAGUCCGCUAGAGCGAACCCACUCCUACGAGCGAGGAAGGCCCCGAGCAACAGUCUCCACGUCUGCUAUAAUCGACGAUGAGGAGGACGUGGUCUCGUCUACGCCCAUUGAGCGGGAAAGAAAGCCGUACUCUGCGAAUCCAGGCCUUGGAAAGGUUUACGACGAGGGCAACGGCCCACGGAGUAGUACAACCUCUUUCUCAACAUCUCGCCCAGAGCCCUCUGGAUCGGGUCACAGGGCCCAAGAAAAAUACGAUCGAGGUCGGGAGUCGCUCUAUGGACGCUCUGGAUCUGGCGCUACAUCCAGCCGCAGAUUCUCGAGGGGCUCCCGGAGCUCUUCGCGCAGUGUGAAGAACCGUGCGGGUGACUAUCGGCACUCAGCGAGCGAGCUGCUGGAAAGGGACCACGCGCCUCGCUACAGCAGUGAUUUCUACUCAGAGUCUCCAGUCUCACUAACGACUGAUGCGGAUGAUUCAAGGAGACACCGGGGUAGUGCCGUGUACCGCAACAGCCGAGAUGGUGAAGAAUAUUAUCGGGGUAUGGCUGGUGGACAGGGUGGAGGACCAGUUGAUUACAAGUACUAUCAUUGA